AUGAGGGUCUUGCCUCAUUUCGUGGCCUCCCCUCACCAUCCCGCGAGUGCUCCUCCUGCCACCCCUCGCGUUCUCCUCUCCGUUCACCUACUCGUUCUCCUCUCGCCUACCCGCGCAUGCUCCUCUCUCCUCACCUUGCGCGCUCCUCUCGCCACCCCUCGCGUGCUCCUCUCGCCUCCCCCCGCGUGCUCCUCUCGCCUUUAUAGCGCGCGAAUCUCUUGCCUCCCCGCGCGGCCUCCUUUCACCUCCCCGCGCGUCCGCCACUCGCCGCCCCACGCGUGCUUCUCUCGCCUCCCCUCGCGUGCUUCUCUCUCCUCACCUUACGUGCUCCUCUCGCCUCCCCGCGCGUGCUCCUCUCGCCUCACCUUACGCAAUCCUCCCGCCUCCCCUCGCGUGCUCCUCUCGACUCCCCUCGCGUGCACCUCUCGCCUUUAUAGCGAAAUGAGGGUCUUGCCUCCUUUCGUGGCCUCCCCUCACCAUCCCGCGAGUGCUCCUCCUGCCACCCCUCGCGUUCUCCUCUCUGUUCACCUACUCGUUCUCCUCUCGCCUCCCCGUGCAUGCUCCUCUCUCCUCACCUUGCGCACUCCUCUCGCCACCCCUCACGUGCUCCUCUCGCCACCCCUCGCGUGCUCCUCUCGCCACCCCUCGC